AUGUCUCAAUACUCUGGAAAGAUCACCUUCUACGAGGGGAAAUGUUUCACCGGCAGGAAGCUGGAGGUCAGAGGAGACUGUGAUAACUUCCAGGACCGCGGCUUCAUGAACAGGGUGAACUCCAUCCGUGUGGAGAGUGGAGCCUGGAUCUGCUACGACCACCCCGACUUCAAGGGCCAGCAGUACAUCCUGGAGCACGGAGAGUACCCAGAGUUCCAGAGGUGGAACUCCCACAAUGACCACAUGGGAUCCUGCAAACCCAUCCGCAUGCAUGGAGAGCAGUACCGCAUCGAGCUGUUCGAGGCCUGUAACUUCUCCGGUCAGUGUGUGGAGAUCUGUGACGACUGUCCCUUCCUGCAGAGCCGCGGCUUCUCCAAGAACUGCAUCAACUCCCUCAAGGUGUACGGGGACGGAGCCUGGGUGAUGUACGAGGAGCCCAACUUCCGCGGCCGCAUGUACAUCGUGGAGCGAGGAGACUACUGCAGCCACAACGAGUGGCAGGCCCAGAACCCCAACAUCCAGUCCAUCCGCAGGGUCGUCAACUACUUCUAACUGUAACCAUGUACAAUAAAGACAC